AUGCCCUGCCUAUGCCGCUCCAAAUUCAUAGGCCUCCUGCGGCGCCCUGACGACGAUGGGGAUGGGCUUCCCUUUGAUGCCUCCUUCUUUGUCUUUACCCCCUUUGUCAAGGCUGACUGUGUUGUCAUCCAGGUUCAGGUCCCGUACGAUGAAGAGGUCAGUUUGGAGGACCUUCAGGAGGGGCGGGAUCCAGUCUUGCAGGACCGUUUCCCGCUCCUGGUUCCCGUCGAGCCGCAGCCUUCAGUCCAGUUUGCCUCCGUGCUUGCUCUUCCUGAAUGGGCCACUCAAGUGAUCGUUGUGCUCUGUGAUUGUCGCCUGUUUAGCGGUGCGAUGUACGCGGCGGUCGUUUCUCCCGCUAUGCGGCGUGAGGACCUUUUGGCUGUAGCUGGUCUGGGACGCGGUGCUCAGGUGCAUGUCUACAUCAGCUAUUAUCCAUGGGCGCUUACGCGUGGACAGGUCGUCCAGCUGCAGACAGGCCAAUACUUUGCUGUCGUUCCUUACGGUAGCCAGCAUGUGCAUGGCCCUGUGUUGUCCGAGAUGCUGGGAGACUCCACCGGAUGGGAUCCUGAUGCACCUACGCCUGAGAUUGGUGAACUUGGGUUUUGGAUUCUUCAUGAAACUGGGUCCUUCUGUCUGCCAGUUCCGGACAGUCCUGGCACCCAUUUGCGUGCAGUCUUGGCUGAAACCUUCGACUGCCCUCCACAAGAUCUCACCAUCCGUGCUUCGGUCCCUCGCAUUGCUGACCAUAGUGUCAUUGGUCGUCGACACUGUGCUGUGCUUGUCGCAACAUGCUCUGUGGAUCGGACUCCCUAUCGACAGGAUCGUCCUGUAGUUGCUAUAUUAGACCUUCGACCGCUCCUUCGCGAGGUUGAGUGGUUUGUUGUGGCACACGAAGGGGUUUCUAUGGCUUCCUUGAUCGGACGUUUUCGUUAUGGAUGUCCACCAGGAUAUACCGUUUCGGUUAAAGGCGGUCGCACUCAGGUUGUGCGAGGUGAGCCCUUUCUUAUUUUGCAAGAUGGGCAGGUCCUCGUAGUUGAGUAUAUCGAGGAAGUUCUGGGGUUUGAGGACCCACAGGAGGAAGAGGAUUUGCCAGUGGCUCCUGAGGCAGCAGGCUCCACCAUUGCUCCUGCAACAGAGGCCUCAGACGAUCGCAGCAGGUCUCCCAGAGGCUCCCCGUCUGCUGCUCCUUCAGGCCGUGUUGCCGAUUCUGAGCUCAUGCAAGACGGCUGCCACUGUGCUGUGUUCCUCCUUUUCACUCCUCGCCGGCACCCUGAAAAGGUUGCUGUCGAUCUACGCCUGCCUUUGUGCCGUACUGAGGUGUUGGCUGACCUUGCUUCUGCUCGGACCGCUGGCGCUCAGAGCCGCUACCCCGUCCUCUUGCCAGUUGAACCCCAGCCGUGUUCCGCCUUUGUAUCUAUGCUUGCGCUGCCAAUGUGGGUGUACGACUUGCCGGUCGUCCUUUGCGACUGCAACCUCUUUGGAGGUGCUGUUUUUGCGGUCGUCGCUCAACCUUCCAUGAGUCGAGAGGAGCUCCUUGUUGCAGGGGGUCUCGCACGAGACACGAAUGCUGAUGUUUUCGUUCGUCCCCUACCGGCUGCCCUCGGUCCGGGUCAAGCUGUCACUAUGAAACUUGGGCUCUGCUUUUCAAUUGUGCCCAAUGGUGCCUCCCCUGCGCCGAGUGCAACCUGGUGGUCACUUGUGACUGGUCUGGAGUUACAGGACCAUACGCCAGCGCUCUUUGACCUCGAUGGCACCGACUUGUGGAUCUUGCAUGAUGUGGGCGAGAUGAGCUUUCCGGUCUCGGUGCAUGCCCCCUUUCGGCUCCGCCAGGACAUUGCUGCGGAGUUGGGCUGUAGCCCCAGCAUGAUCACGGUGCGUGGUGCCAUAGACUUGGAUACCCACGUCACGGCCAUUCGGUGGUUCUAUUGGAUCUUCGACCUCUACUACGAGGCAUUGAAUGGAUUCUCCCUUCGGGCAACCGUGUUUCGUACCGGGAUCCUUUUUUGUGCAGUGGCAGUGGAAUUGAUGAUCCGGGACCUUUGCACGAUACCUCUCGAGGUUCUUCGACGGGACCCUCUGCUCAUGACAGACGCACUGGCGAUGUCGGUCAGGACUCUGGUCCAAUUAGUGUUCCCACUGCGGGAGCCACCGAGGCUUGUGCAUUGGGUUUUGCUGCAAGUGGGCUGUUUUUCGCAUGCCUAUGGGAGCGCUUCUGCGCCUCGCAUCGAGGUGAAGCUGAGCCACGCACGAGGACACCUCUGCGUCUCCCAGCUCCUCUUCGUAUGGCAGGAGGAGGCGUCUCAAUGCAUAUACCUCCCCUGUCUCGUUCUUGCCCGCCUCCUGAGGGAGGCAUGGUUGCGACUUGUGCUAUGGGGGGUUGGUCUUCACACCCGCCUUUGGCUCCGGCUGGAGUUUCUCCCCUGCCUGGAUGUGAGCUCCCCCGACACCGUGCUCUGCCUACUCCUUGUCGGUCUGCUAUGUUACCCGACUCGGCUGGAGUCGAUCUCUGGAGUCGAUCUCUUUGCAAGACCAAAUGAUGUUGGUCCGACUCUUUUGGAAGAAGCCUAUGCCCGUCCAGAUUGUCAGGCCAUGUUCCUUGCGAGUACCCUGGUUGAGACGCUAUGGGAACAUGCUCUGUCUGCCCGAGGGCGCCUAUGCGGGGAUAUGAAUGCAUCAUCAGCCUCAUCCGAGGCCUGGGGGAUUUCCCCUCCCACUGUUCUUCGAUUAGCUGACCUCGUCCUAUCGGACCCUGCUGGUGACACUUGCGCGCCAGCGGCCUCUGCCCAUGUCGUGCCACGGCAGCCUGAGGUCUUUGACAUGGACUCACGCCAGUGCCUCCUGCCCGGGCGCGCUGAGGAGAUUGAUUCCUUCUUUCAGCGAGUUCCUUUUUCAAUGCUACUCGAUUCUCCAGCUCGACUUGCGAAGCCCGAGCGCUUCGCCAGCUGGGUGCAAGAGGGCCAUGUUGGUCGGUCCCCAGGUCCGGGAGAGGUCCUUGUCGUGACGUCGGAUGGCUCCUUUUCGCCCACCGACAGCUCUGCGGGCUGGGGAGUUACAUUUAGUGUCUGUUCUAACAACCGGUCCCUGCCGGGGCAGUUUAUCGGAUGCCUGUGGGGCUCUGUUGCCCCCUUUUCCUCUUACCUUGGUGCUCUAGGCCUUGGGCCUGACGCAUAUGACGCAGAAGUUGUUGGGCUUCUUUUUGCCGCGCUGGCGAUUGUGCAACUUCCAGUUGUAGGUGAGGUCUUAGUGCGAUCUGAUAACAUCUCCGCCCUGCAGGGUGUUCAGGGGCUUGCCCAGAUGUGGUCAUCUCUGCUAUGUGAGGUUGCCCGGUGUGUCCACGCCUCCUUGCAGAUUCUUGUAUCGCAUCGUCUGUCGUACGAGCAUGUUCUGGGGCAUGCGGGCGAUGUUGCCAAUGAGCUUUCUGAUGCUCUAGCCCUUUUAGGGUCUACUCGGCCAGGCCCUGUGGUUUUUCACUGUCCUUGGGAGGCAUUGUUCCAGUCAGGCGCUUUGUUGGCCAAAUGGCUGCCACAUUAUUGCAUGGUGCGCCUCCGGCCUGCGGAGCUUCCUAGUGUUCGCUCUCAGGUGAUGUCCUGGUCUCGUGAUCCUGGCACAUGUACUUGGUCGCCAGAGCAGGCUAUGGCCCCCUUUAUGCGUGCCUUUCCGACCGGUGCCUCUGGUCACUGCAAAGCCUCCGGUCGGCUAUCUUGUGUUCUCGCGUCCUUCAACGCCCUUUCUCUUCUUGACGGGGCGGAUGAAGAAGAUGAAGCUGGCUUUUUGUUUCACGAGCUGUGCAUUUCGCUUGAUGCGUGGAUUCCCGCUACCUUCCCGGGAUGCAUGUUUGGCGACGGCGGCACCUUGUGUCAGCGCCGCAACGGAGCGUUUGCCAGAUCUGAUUACAUUUGCCUACCUACUGGUUGGCGUGAGGGCUGCUUUCGUGCGAGAGUGGAUAGUGCAAUAUCUGCAGGGCACAGAGGCGUGGAUCACUUUGCUACGGUGGUCGAGUUGGAACUGCUUUUGGCCGGUCAGGCGUCUUUGCGCAAUCGGGCACGGCGCUUGGAUGCCCGUGCUAUUGGAGACCCGGCUAAUCAGGCUGCGGUGGCCAGUAUUAUCUGCAGUGCUCCUCGACCUGGCUGGGAUCGAGAUGUCAGCGAGCAUGCCGCGGAGCUGGUCGAGCACCUUUAUACUGGCCUCGUCUCCCAGUUCCCGCUGCAGAAGCGUCCCCUUCGAGUGCCUUACUUCUCUGACGCCACCAUUGCUUUGCACCGGGCGGUUGCCAUGCUGCGCCAUGCGGUACGCACACGUCGGUUGGCGCUUCGUCAAACAUACUUGCGUUGUGUCCUCAUUUCAUGGCGUGUGGCUGCUCCCCCCUUUGAGGAUGUGUUUCAAGGCGAGUGGCUAUGGCAGCUGCAGCUUCGGUUGGCCAGUAAUUGCCUUAUGCUGCAUCGACUGGGCCUGCAGCUCAAGGAGGGAUGUAAGGCGGAUAAGGCUGCCCAUCUCUCCCAGUUGGCUGAGGAGCUGGCUUCGGCUCCUAGCCGUGAACUACAUCUGGCGGUACAGCGCGUCUUGAAGCCCAAGAAGUUCCGUCGUACUGCGGCUGACCCCCUCCCGGUUCUGGAAAAGGCUGAUGGUACGCGCUGCUCCUCUUCGCGGGAAAUCAUGGACACAUGGCGGGAACACUUCAGUGCGCUCGAAGGCGGUCAGCGGAUCACCCCUGCGGAACUAGUUUCUAGAUGCCGCGCAACGCAGGCAGCUUCUGAUGCACCGGAUGUGCUGGCAGUUGAGGAAAUUCCUUCCUGGACCACUCUUGAAGCCGCUUUCAGGCAUGCGGCUCCGCGUAAGGCUGCAGGCCCAGACCUGGUUCCUCCAGUUCUGUGCAAAAAUUUUAGUGUGCAGCUAACGGACUUGUUCUGGCCGCUGCUCCUCAAAACCGUAUGCCUCUCAGCGGAAGCGGCUGGUAUGAAAGGUGGCAUUAUGUUCCACAUCAACAAGAACAAGCCCGGUGCGCGCAAUACAUGCGAUGCCCAUCGUGGCAUCCUUGCGCAGAGCUGCUUUUCGAAGGUCUUCCACCGAUCCCUUCGUGGUCUCGUGGUGCGGCACUGGUCAGCCCAUUCGCUUCCCCUCCAAUUAGGCGGUAAAGCGGGUUGCAGCGCACUUUUCGGCCAUCUUUGUUCACGCUCUUUCCUCGCUUUUGCUAAGCACCAUGGCUUGUCAGCGGGAUUGAUCUUCGUGGACCUGGCCUCAGCGUAUUAUGCGGUGGUGCGAGAAACGAUCCUCGGAGGUUCAUUGACGGACCGGCCGAUCUCCGAGGUUGCUGGCUCCCUGGGUUUAGCAGACGAAGAUCUUCAGCUUCUUCGCCAUUAUGUGGAGAGCGAACCGGUGCUGCAAUCUCAGGAAGCCUCUUCUCUUCUUAUUUCCCUCUCACGGGAACUACACCGCCAAACUUGGUUCGUUUUGGCGGACGAUGAGGGCCUCAUUGCUACGGCUCGAGGCACGCGCCCAGGAGGCACUCUUGCAGAUAUAUUGUUCAAUCUGCUUUUCGCCAAAGUUUUGGCAAGGCGAGCUACUGGGCCACUGCGGGAGUUCGGGCCCGAGAUCCCCUGGAGUGGGGAACGGACUCCUUUUCAGCAAGUGGGCUCCAGUCCUGCCUCCUCCCUCCGUAUUACGGAUAUCGUUUAUGCGGACGACCUUUGCACCCCGGUCCUAUGCUCCCGGGCCUCCCAGCUUAGAGGGGCCGUGUCAGCGGUUACUGCGGACACCAUGGACACCCUGGCCCCUCAUGCUCUGCGCCCGAACCUUGGGCCCACCAAGACGGCAGCAGUUGGAUUGUUGUGGCUUGAUCUGGUGCCUCGGUACCGGCACCUUGGGUCCCUGGUCUCCUAUGACGGUCGAAUCGGGCCGGAAGUGAGGCAGCGUUUGGCCCUCGCAAACGCAGCCUUUCGCGAGGGACGCCGAAAGCUAUAUGCUUGUCAGCUUGUGCCCAUGCAAAGACGUGCUGCCCUGCUUCGCAGUCAUGUUCUCUCGGUGCUCUUGGUAGGUGCGGGCAGUUGGCCGGUUUUGCUGAAGCAGGAUUGGCAGUCCUUUUCUGGUGGUGUUCUGGGACUGUAUAGGCAGAUGUUGGGCCUUCGGGCCACUGGAGACUGGCAUGUCACCGAGUGCCAGCUCUUGUCCCGCGUGGGUCUGCCUUCCCCUCUUGCCUUGUUGCAUCUUGAGCGGCUACGUCUUCUCGGGCAACUUGUCCGCAGUGCCCCGGAUCAGGUCUGGGCUCUGGUGUCUUGGAAUUUUCCUUUCCAGCGUGCCCUUCGUGAGGCGGGAGAUUGGCUUCUUGCCCGAGUUUCGGCCACUUGUGAUCUGGGGCCAAUCGAGCAAGACUGGAACAAAUGGGCUUCAUUGAUCAAGGCCCAGCCUGGUCGUUGGAAAGGCAUCUUGAAACGUGCUGAAGCCUUUGAUCAUGAAUGCUGUUGCUUGCGUGCGGCCUUUGAUUCCUCCGUACGUGUUAUGUGGCCUGAGCGUUUUUCACCGGGGGCUUCUCCUCUGGAAGGGAUUGAACAUGGCUGCCUUGUAUGUGGGAUCGCCUUUGCCACCUUUCGGCAGUGGGGAGCCCACGCUCAGCGUGUGCACGGAUAUCGCAACGUGGCCACACGGCUCGCGAAGGGUCGGCAUUGCUCUGCUUGUGGUUCUACCUAUGCCUCCGCUGCCAAGCUUCGCACGCACUUCAUCUCUUCCCCGCGUUGUUGCCAAUUUCUUUUGGAGCAUGGCCAUGCGCCAGCCGGGGAUGGUGAGAGGGUGGAAGGGCAUGCUCAGGCCCCUCCAGUGAAGCUCGGCUCUCGCUUGCCUUCUAUUCCAGUCGAUGAACAGUGCCCUGAGCUCCUCAAAGCUUUGCAGGCCUUAGUUGACUCUACUGAUCAGGAGAUCCUCGAUGUGGUCACGCAGUUUGUUGCGCCAUGGCCUGUGCUGCGACGCACCCUACGGGCUUGGGCUGAUGGUUUGGUUCCAGGCGAUUUGGCUGAUGCUGCGGCUGAUGUGCUGCUUGCGUUUCUGCCAGAGCACUUGUGCUCUCAUGUAGGGGGCAAGAUUCCCCACUGCAGGCCUACAACCGGGUUCCAGCCUGCUGUGUUGCCCCCUGUUCUUCGAUCUCUUGCGUCUGCUAGCGAUCUUCCCCUUUGGUGGAUUGGCGAGCUUGUUUCCAGUUGGGUUCAGCACUGGCACCUCGGCCUGCAGCCUGUUCGCACCUUUGUUCUUUCUGAUCUUCCGCCUCGUUCAGGCACUUGUUGUGGACUUUGUGCCUGUUUGCCUCCACCGCCAUUUUCGGAUACCUGCUUCUUGAGUCCGAGCUCACAGCCCCUGCGUUCCUUGCGUCGUCAGAAUGCGUGGACUGUGCAGCUCCUCGGAGCGCUUCAAUGCCUCGUUCGCACCGCACAGGAGGGUGUUCCGGUCUUCUGCCGACUUCCGUUUGCUGCUUCGCAGCUUGAACCCCUUUCUUCCUGGUUGCAGCUGCUAGCCCAGGAUUCUGCGUCUGGAGGCCCCCCAACCUGUUUCACCCUUGAAUUCACUGCCAUGGGCACGUCGUUCUGA